GUGUGUGCCCCGGUGCUCCGGCUACCCACGCACGCAGACGCGCUCGUGGUCGUGGAGGGCGCCCUCCGUCACUCCCUCCCCACGCGCGGCCAGAAAGAGUCGCCACGAGCAGGUCGGGCGCCGCCGCCGCGUCGGGACUUGCGAUUUGGAGCCUACUGGGACGAGUGGCCGGUCACCCGCCACAGGGGAGGGGGCUAGUUUUGUACUGCUCGGCUGGGGUCCUGCAGCCAACGGACAAAACUGAAGGUGUCCCGUCCCCUAGACCCGCUCUGUGCCUGUGUCCAGUGACCUCCCGCAGUCCCGCUUCUGCUCUCUCUCUCGAUCACUCAUCACUCUAUAUAGCUUUGCUCACCAGGUCCAGCUCCAUCCAUCUGUUUCGUUCCAUUGUCUUCCGAUCGACCCAUCGGUCUCUCCGAUCGAGCAGGUCCUCGCCGCGUGCCAGCAAUGAUGUCCACCAGCCACGCGGUGGCGUCGCCGGCGUACGCUGCUCGGCUGAGGCGGCGGCAGCAGCACGGGAACGCGCCGGGACGCGCGGGCACGGCGAGGUUCCUGGCCAGGUGCAGGCACGGGGGUCGGGGCCGCGGCGCGGCGCCGGCGCCGUGCUCCGCCAUUGGCUGCCUGGAGGCCGAGCCGUGGGGCGCCGUGGCGCCCGCGCUGGCGCUGCCGGGCCUGCAGGUGGCGGCGCCGGCGCCCGGGGACGCGCUCGCCGUGCCGUCCGAGCAGAGGGUGCACGAGGUCGUGCUCAAGCAGGCGGCGCUCACGGCCGCGGCGCCCAGGACGGCGCGGAUCGAGCCGGGGCCCGUGUCCGGCGCGCUGAAGGCGGCCUUCGACCGCUGCGGGGAGGUCUGCAAGGAGUACGCCAAGACAUUCUACCUGGCGACGCAGCUGAUGACGCCAGAGAGGAGGAGGGCGAUCUGGGCGAUCUACGUGUGGUGCAGGAGGACGGACGAGCUCGUGGACGGGCCCAACGCGUCCCACAUCUCGGCCCUGGCGCUGGACCGGUGGGAGUCGCGGCUGGAGGACAUCUUCGCCGGCCGCCCCUACGACAUGCUCGACGCCGCCCUCUCCGACACCGUCGCCAACUUCCCCGUCGACAUUCAGCCGUUCAGGGACAUGAUCGAGGGGAUGCGCAUGGACCUGAGGAAGUCCCGGUACCGGACCUUCGACGAGCUGUACCUCUACUGCUAUUGCGUCGCCAGCACCGUUGGGCUCAUGAGCGUCCCGGUGAUGGGCAUCUCGCCGGACUCCAGGGCGGCCACCGAGACGGUCUACAAGGGGGCGCUGGCCCUGGGCCUGGCCAACCAACUCACCAACAUCCUCAGGGACGUCGGCGAGGAUGCGAGGAGGGGAAGGAUCUAUCUCCCGCAGGACGAGCUGGAGAUGGCGGGGCUCUCCGAAGUCGACAUCUUCAACGGCCGCGUCACCGACGAGUGGAGAGGCUUCAUGAGGGGCCAGAUCACGAGGGCGAGGUCGUUCUUCAGGCAGGCAGAGGAAGGCGCCACCGAGCUCAACCAGGAGAGCCGAUGGCCGGUGUGGGCUUCUCUGCUUCUGUACCGGCAGAUCCUGGACGAGAUCGAGGCGAACGACUACGACAACUUCACCAAGAGGGCCUACGUCCCCAAGGCGAAGAAGCUGAUGGCGCUGCCCAAGGCUUACCUGAGGUCACUGAUGGCCCCCUCUUCUCUGACCCAGAGCCAGAGGCACUACUCCAGCCUAACAUAGAGCGGUCUCUGUCGAUCAGUCUGUCACAUACGGUAAAUAGCAGUUAACAGUGUACAAAUUCCUGGUCAGGCGACAUGAAACACACGGUUGACAUGUGGUGUUCAUGUCAUUAGAUUCUUGCACUCGAGAGUCAGAGUUCGUCCUGCCAUGUACAAACCAAAGCAGUGUAAAAAUAUAUAUAUAUAUGUAUGCUAAGAAGGAAUAUAUGUAGAGUAAAAGUGAAAUAAAAUAGAGUAGUGGGCGACCUUGCUUCUUGCUUA